CCUUCCGACUCUUGGGACCGAUUUCACGGUGAAGCUGUAGGGUGGAAGUUGUAUUCAACGCUAAGGAAAAAUAAACAAAGCCCAAAACGACGAAGCUGUCGUCGUCCUCGUCAUCAACUCACUCACUUUCACUCUCACUCUUUCUAUCCAAGUGUUCAUCCUUUUUCUGAUUUUAGUUAUGUAGCCACGCCUCAAUCGCUCUCUUCCUCCCGGAUCUUUCCACAGUCAAGUUACGUUCCAGAGCACACAGAUCGCCGUUUACAGACUUCAUUUUCACUACCCAGCCCAGAGAUGGGUGCUUUUCCGUUUGAAGAUGUCUCCCACAGAGUUUGGGAGGAUCCCUCUUUUAUAAAGUGGAGGAAGAGAGAACCUCACGUGCCUUUGCGCUGCCAUGAAUCUGUUGAAGGAUCCUUAAAAUACUGGCAUCAGCGUAACAAAGUGGAUCUUUCGGUAUUCGAGUCUGCUGUUUGGGAUGAUGAUGCCGUCCAAGCAGCUCUUGACUCUGCUGCCUUGUGGGUCAAGGAUUUGCCUUAUGUGAAGUCUUUGUCUGGCUUCUGGAAAUUUUUCCUUGCUCCCUGCCCUGCCAAAGUUCCACCUGCUUUCCAUGAUGUUGCAUUUCAGGAUGCUGAGUGGGGCAUGUUACCAGUUUUUGAUCCUCCACUGGCUGGAACAGUACCAUCAAAUUGGCAGAUGCAUGGAUUUGAUAAGCCUAUAUAUACAAAUGUCGUAUAUCCAUUUCCUCUCGACCCUCCACAUGUUCCACAGGAUGAUAAUCCUACAGGCUGUUACAGAACAUACUUCCAAAUUCCUAAAGAAUGGGAGGGUCGUAGGAUCUUCUUGCACUUUGAGGCUGUUGAUUCUGCUUUUAUUGCUUGGAUAAAUGGCAUGCCUGUGGGAUAUAGUCAGGAUAGUAGGUUACCUGCUGAGUUUGAAAUAUCAGACAACUGCCAUCCAAUUGGGUCAGAAGAGAAGAAUGUUUUGGCUGUUCAAGUGCUUAGGUGGAGUGAUGGAUCUUAUCUUGAAGAUCAAGAUCAUUGGUGGUUAUCUGGUAUCCAUCGUGAUGUGCUUCUUCUUGCCAAACCACAGGUGUUCAUUGCGGACUACUUUUUCAAGUCAAGCCUGGCUGAGAAUUUUUCUUCUUCAGAUAUUCAGGUCGAAGUGAAAAUAGACAACUCCAGAGCAAGUCCUAAGGAUGACCCUUGUGUCAGCUUUAGCAUAAAUGCUGCAUUAUAUGAUACUGGGAGCUGGUAUACCAGUGAUGGUUCUGGUCUGCUUUCAAAUAUUGUGGUUAAUUUGACCACCAUUCCCUCAUCUGAUGCUAUUUUGGGUUUUGUUGGUUAUACACUCUCUGGGAAGCUCGACAUGCCAAAGCUUUGGUCCGCUGAGCAGCCAAACCUGUACAUUCUUAUUGUCACCCUCAAAGAUGCAUCAGGGCACUUAGUGGACUGUGAAUCAUGUGUGGUAGGCAUACGACAAGUGUCAAAGGCCCCCAAACAAUUACUUGUUAAUGCGCAGCCAGUCAUGAUAAGAGGUGUAAACAGGCAUGAACAUCAUCCGCGUGUUGGGAAAACUAACAUAGAGUCUUGCAUGGUUAAGGAUCUUGUUCUUAUGAAGCAAUACAAUAUUAAUGCUGUGAGAAACAGCCAUUAUCCCCAACACCCCCGCUGGUAUGAGUUGUGCGAUCUCUUUGGCAUGUACAUGAUUGAUGAAGCUAACAUUGAGACUCAUGGGUUUCAUCUCUCUGGACAUCUGAUGCCCCCUGCAAUGGAAUCUGGUUGGGCUAAUGCAAUGGUGGAUCGUGUGAUAGGCAUGGUAGAGAGAGACAAAAAUCAUGCCUGUAUAAUAUCUUGGUCAUUAGGAAAUGAGUCCUCAUACGGACCCAAUCAUUCUGCUGCAGCAGGUUGGAUUCGAGGAAAGGAUACCUCAAGGUUGUUGCACUACGAAGGAGGGGGAUCUAGAACUUCAUCUACAGAUAUUGUAUGCCCCAUGUAUAUGCGUGUUUGGGACAUAGUGAAGAUUGCAAAAGAUCCAUCUGAAUUGCGUCCUUUGAUACUUUGCGAGUACUCACAUGCUAUGGGGAACAGCAAUGGGAGCUUAGAUGAAUAUUGGGAGGCGAUCGAUAACACAUUUGGUCUCCAAGGAGGCUUUAUCUGGGACUGGGUUGACCAGGGAUUACUGAAAGAAUCUACUGAUGGUUGUAAACAUUGGGCAUAUGGAGGAGAUUUUGGGGAUACACCUAAUGAUUUGAACUUCUGUCUGAAUGGUUUUAUGUGGCCUGAUAGAACUCCUCACCCUGCUGUGCACGAAGUGAAACACGUGUACCAACCAAUUAAGAUUUCACUAAAGGAUGGCAAGCUGAAGAUAACAAAUACUAAUUUCUUUGAUACUACACAACUGUUGGAGUUCAUUUGGGCUGCUUAUGGUGAUGGAAUUGAACUUGGAUCUGGAAAACUCUCUCUUUCCCUGAUAGAACCUCAGAAAAGUUGUGAAGUGGAUUGGGAGUCAGGUCCAUGGUAUUCCCUAUGGAAUUCAUCAACUGCUGGAGAGAUCUUCCUGACCAUAACAGCUAAGCUUUUGCAGUCUACACGAUGGUUGGAAGCCGGUCACAUCAUUUCCUCCAACCAAUUACAGUUGCCUGGCAGAAAAUCGAUCUUACCUCAUGCCCUCAAGACUAAAGUUGCUAUGCUCUCCACCGUUGUUGCUGAGGACUUCAUCACUAUAAGCCAUCAGAGUGUUUGGGAGGUAACAUUCAACAAAUCGAGUGGAGCAAUUACGUGCUGGAAGGUGAACAUCUGCACUUGGUGAUUUCGUUAAUUGCUUUCAGGUUAAAGAAGUUCCUGUCAUGAUCAAUGGAAUCUUCCCAUGUUUCUGGAGAGCACCUACCGACAAUGACAAAGGCGGGGAAGAUCGCAGCUACUACUCCAAGUGGAAAGCAGAUCAUCUAGACUCAGUUGUAUUUCAGACAAAGAGUUGUUCCAUCCAGAACUCAACAAACGAUCUGGUGAAACUCGAAGUGGUUUACAGUGGAGUCCCUGGUGACGGGGAUGGUUCAACUUCCCUGUUUGAAGUGAAUAUGACCUACACUAUCUAUGGUACUGGGGACAUGAUCGUUGAGUGCAAAGCAACCCCGAGUUCUGAAUUACCACCUUUGCCCCGUGUUGGAGUUGAGUUGCACUUAGAGAAGACCAUAGACCAGGUCAGAUGGUAUGGAAGAGGGCCAUUUGAGUGCUACCCAGACAGGAAAGCGGCUGCUCAUGUUGGAGUUUAUGAACAAAAGUUAGCUGACAUGCAUGUUCCGUACAUAGUACCAGGAGAAUGUGGCGGCAGGGCAGAUGUGAGGUGGGUAACGUUCCAGAACAAGGAUGGGGUAGGAAUCUUUGCCUCAAUGUUUGGUAGUUCCCCACCCAUGCAAUUAAGUGCUAGUUACUAUUCCACUGCUGAACUUGACCGGGCAACACAUAAUGAAAGGCUUGUUGAAGGAAACGACAUCGAGGUGCAUCUGGACCAUAAACAUAUGGGUUUGGGAGGGGAUGACAGUUGGUCACCAUGCGUUCAUGAGAAGUUCUUAGUUCCAGCCGUGCCAUAUUCUUUUUCUCUCAGACUGUGCCCAGUCACUGAACAAACCUCUGGCCAUGAUAUCUUCCAAUCCCAGCUCCCGAAUUAGCAUCUUCCUCCUUAUGCAACUGCAGUCGCUGCUUAUUCCCGACCUUUCUGGGUAACUAUUAUGUAUAGAUCAGUUCUCUGUGAGAAGAAACUCGGUCUUUCUUAGUUUAUGGUCUGUUUUUACUUAUAUUUUUUUCAUCUGAAGCACUAAAUAAGGAGGGAGGUGCAUUGGGACCUAAACUUCACGGAGGGAUGAAUAGCGUUGCAUGUGCCCUGUACAAAUAAUGACUUCAUGUUGCAUUUUCUGGAUUUCGAUGAACGAGAACUUAGGUUGAAAUCGAAAAUUUUUUAUGCCAAUAGAGGUGACAAAUAAUGAGUUCAUGUUGAUUUCUCUGUAUUCUAUGUACGUCGAUGAGGUGAGAGUGAAAGACGUAUUUCUAAUGUACAAGGCAUCUCCCAGUUAAAACUGGUUGAAUGCCUUGCAUUAUACUCAACGGAGCUUUGGGUAAUAGAGAGUAG